GGGCUCGUUGCAUGCUCCCAGCUCCUGCCUCUUGUGGCUGUGCAGUGCCAGGCCUUUGCCUUCCCCGCUGCUGUGCAUGUCUUUCCACCCCCUUGCUGCGUGGUUGCUUCUGGUUCUUAGCUGCCUUUUUCCCCCACCCCAGGUAGGAACUGAGUGGAGCUGGGGGACCCCUGGUGCCCUUGUCCCUGCACUGUCCACACCGCCAACAGGAUGCAGCGGAGAUGAUCGCUGAGCCCAGCAGUGCCAUUGCCGCCAGCCACCAAGAAAAUUCUGUCCAUGAUGAGACUGUUCCUGAGUCCACUGUACAGAACGGCAGCUGUCUGAGAAAUGGCAAUCUGAAAACUCCAAGAGGAAAAAGGAAGGUCCAAGAGCAGUGUGAAAACAUAAGAAGAAAUUCUUCCAGUACUAGAAGAGCAAGCCAGCUGCAGAAUGGCCAAGUGGUGGAAGCAGUUACAUUGUUUGAGGUGGUCAGUGUGGGCAAGCGUGCUAUGCAGUCUGUGGUAGAUGAUUGGGUUGAAGCAUAUAAACAAGAUCGAGAUGUGGCACUCCUGGAUCUGAUUAACUUCUUCAUUCAAUGUUCAGGCUGUCAAGGAAUGGUGACAGCUGAGAUGUUCCAAAGUUUACCCAAGAGUGAUGUAAUACAGAAAAUGACAGAGACCUUUGAUGAGGAAACAGGGUUGCAGUACAAGAAAUUCAUGGCAUAUCCUUGGAUUCUGACGGUUACUUGGCCAGUGGACAUGGACAACGAAGACUAUCCCCUCAUCAAGCCAGGACCCUACUGGAAGAAGUUCAAAGCCAAUUUCUGCGAGUUCACUGCAGUGCUGAUCCAGCAGUGCCAGUGCAGCAUCCUUUAUGAUAGUUACCUAAUGGACACAGUCAUCUCGCUGCUCACAGGGCUAGCAGACUCAAUGGUCAGAGCAUUUAGGCACACCAGCACUUUAGCAGCUUUGAAGCUUCUGACAGCUCUUGUAAGAGUACGUCUGAAUCUUGAUGUCAGUAAACAUAAUACUCAAAGGCUGUAUGAGGUGGAGAAGAAUAGGAUUACUGGCAAGAGGACCGACUGCAGGUUGGAUCAGCUAGAGAGAAAAAGGAAAGAGUGUGAGCAGAAACCCCUGGAAAUACAGAAUAUGAUGAAUGCAAUUUUCAAAGGGACAUUUUUACAACGUUAUCGUGAUGUGAUUCCUGAGAUCCGGGCUAUUUGCAUUGAAGAAAUUGGUAGCUGGAUGAAAAUGUACCCUGAUACAUUCUUAAAUGAUAGUUACUUGAAAUAUAUUGGAUGGAUGCUUUAUGAUAAGCAAGCUGAAGUGCGAUUGAAGUGUCUUCUGGGACUUCAGGGAAUUUAUAGAAGAAAAGAGCUUGUUUCCAAAAUGGAUCUCUUUACUAGCAGAUUCAAGGAUCGAAUUGUGUCCAUGACUCUGGACAAGGACCACGAAGUAGCAGUUCAAGCCAUGAAACUCUUGAUGCUUAUGUCACAGAACUGUGAGGAUGUGUUGUCAUCUGAAGACUGUGAAACCUUAUACCAGUUUGUUUAUACGACACACAGACCACUGGCAGUAGCAGCUGGGGAAUUCCUUUAUAAAAGGUUGCUUAAUAAUCAGGGAGAUGAAGAAGAAGGUCUGCCCAAAAGUAGAGGGAAAUUUGAGCCCAGUGCCAGUCGCUUGAGAAUUCUAAUAGCUUUCUUCUUGGAGAGUGAGCUACACAAACAUGUUGCAUACCUUGUAGACAGCUUAUGGGAUUGGGCGGCCAGUCUGUUGAAGGAUUGGGCGUGUAUGACAAGCCUUUUGUUGCAAGAUGCUGAAGAAGAUGGAGCACUGAGCGGGGCCCAGGAAAAUGCACUGAUUGAAAUAAUCCUAGUGACUGUUCGAGAAGCUGCUGAAGGUCACCCUCCUGUGGGCAGAGGAGCAGCCAAGAAAAUCCUGUCAGUGAAAGAAAAGAAAAUACAAUUGGAAGAUUGUACCAAAAUUACUGAACACUUUAUUGUGGUUCUUCCUCAGCUCUUGGCAAAGUAUUCAGCAGAUGCCGAAAAAGUGGUAAACCUCUUGCCAAUCCCUCAGUAUUAUGAUUUAGAGGCUUACAGUACUGGACAUCUGGAAAAGCAUUUGGAUGCUUUGCUCAAAGAGGUGAAAGACAUUGUGUGCAAACACUCAGACAUGGAUGUCCUCGAGGCGUGCUCUAGGAUAUAUGACAUCCUCUGCAGUGGAGAUCUGGCCAUUCACAGCAGAGUGGAUCUUGCCAGGACUCAACUGAUAGAUGAGUUGGUGGACCAGCUUAACCAGCUGCUGCAUGACUCUUGGCAUGAGGAGGAAGGUCUUUGUACAGGUGAAGAAGGAAUUUCCCGAAUAUGCUCUGCUUUGAGAAGAAUAGCAGCUUUUCAUAAUGCACAUGACCUUGCCAAGUGGAAUCUCCAUGACAAGACUUCAGAGCUGCUGGUUUUUGAAAUGGAGCAUGGAAGCUUACCUGUUCAGAUGAUUCUACCAGCUUUACAGUGCACAUACUUUGCUCUCCUGUGGCAGCUGGUUGCAGUUGGGGAGAGGCCUUCUUCCAAGGAGACUCUCUUGGCAUUGAGAAGGGAGUUAAGGCUUUUCUGUCAGAUCUGCACAUGCUACCUCAGCCAUAAAAACAAAGAUUUAAGUGAAAAGGCCUUCAUGAUACUCUGUGAUUUGCUGCUGAUCUUGAGUCACCAAAAUUCAAGCUCUGAUGAAGCUGUAGGUCUCCUGGAGUAUCUUCCCAGCAUGUCCCUUCAGUCAAAAAUGCUCUUGUUUAUCCAGGAUCAUGUGUUCACGGAGGAGGAGGAAGAAUUCAAAGACUUGACAGAAGAGGAAGAGAGGACGAAGGAAGGCUACAAACUGAACGACUUGCAUAGGAGAAGGAGCCUUCUUGCAGUUUAUUGCAAGCUAAUUGUAUAUAACGUGGUGGAGAUGGUUGCAGCAGCUGAGAUCUAUAAGCAUUAUAUGAAGACUUAUAAUGAUUUUGGAGACAUAAUUAAAGAGACACUGAGUAGGACAAGGCACAAUGACAAGAUUCAGUGUGCGAAGACACUGGUUCUUUGUCUGCAACAGCUGUUUCAGAAGCACAUCAAUGCCCUUGGCAGUAGCAACAGCAUGGAGUUGUCAUCCACCUCCUUCAUGAACAUUAAGGAGCUUGCUCGUCGCUUCUCGCUGACAUUUGGCUGGGACCAGGUGAAAUCCAGGGAAUCAGUAGCUAUGAUACACAAGGAAGGGAUUGAAUUUGCCUUUCAGAAUGCUGCAGUAGAAGGAAAAUGCGUGCCUCCAAAUUUACACUUUCUGGUAAUCAUCAGUGAAUUCUCCAAUAAGCUACUAAAGCCUGACAAAAGACUAGUGUAUGGCUACUUACAGAGAUACAUAACAGAGCCAGGGUUCUGCAAAGGAGAUGAAUGGCACCCCUUGGUUUGGUACAGAAACUCUUUGCUUGCAAAUGAAGAGGAGGAGAGCUCUGUUACCGGCGGCGUAGGCGAGUGGUCGUCCAUGAGCCCAUCUAAGAUAUCUACCUUUAAGAGGAAGUUAUCUAAUGGGUCUUUACUUGAAACCAGCCCUGCUGAGGCAACAAACAAAAUUCCAGAUUUCCAGUGUACUUUGCAACUUGCUUCCCCAGCAGGGAAGAGCAGAAAGAGGUUGAAGGCUCAAGAAACUCCUCACCCAGAAUAUCUGCCAUUCUUGUGUCCAGCGGGACCAAAGAGAAGAUGCAGCCAAGAUAUCAUCAAGGCAGAAAACUUCUCAGAAGAUGUAGGUGAAGAUGUUGAUGUGGAUGUGGUUGGCACAGAACAGGUAUUUGUGGAAUUUCCUUCCCUGAAGGUUUCUAAGGGUUGAGGGGGAUCAGGUUGAAGAAACUGAAGCUUAAGAACACGAUGCCAUUUUUUCUGCCAGUUGGACAUCCGCGAAACUGAAGGACUUAAGAGGCACUGACCUUUAAGGCAACUAGAGGAAUAUCUUGAUAUACUUAAAAGCUAAAGAGCAAAUAGUACCCUGGCCAAAUUGUCAACUUCAGAUUUGUCCGGCUGGAAGCAAUUACCACUUUGGUAGAUGUCCACACUUCUGACUAUUCCAUAUAACAUGGCUGUU